AUGUAUAAAGCCAUUUGGAAAACACACUUAUAUAAUUUUAAUGUUAAAAAUUUUUUACAUCAUAAUAUAAAAAUAAAACAUUGUAAUGUUUAUAAAAAUGAAAAACAAUAUUAUUCCAUAAAUAGAGAAAAUAUACAUUCAGGCAAAUAUCCACAUUUGCUACUAAAUAAAAAAAAAAAUAUAUAUAUUAAUGGAAAUUUAAAGAAUCUACAAUAUCAAAAACAUUUUAGCUUUGAUGUCGGAAUAGACAAAAAUAAAAUUGUUAAGCCUCUUAAGAAUGAACAUGUAAAAAUAAGAGAAUAUAUUCUGAACAAUUUUAAUGAAUUUAUUCCUGCCGGAAUAGAACAAAAUAAACAAUUUCAAAAUAGCGAAAAAGAUUAUACAGAUGAUAAGGAGUUACCUAAUAAAACGGAUGAAAAUAACAAAAAAAAAAAAAAAAUUGACGAAAUGAAAAAUAAUAACGAAUUGUGUAACGAAGAUAAAAGCGAUAAUGAACUAAAAUUAGAAAAGCUUUUAAAAAAAAGAAAUAUAAAAAAAGACAUAAUAAAAAUAACAGAAAAAGCUAAAUAUGAAAUAAAAAAAAUUAUUGAAACGAAUAAUAAACAAAAUAAAAACAAUAAUUAUGUUUUAAAAUUAUAUUUUAUAGCUAAAGGAUGCAAUGGAUUAACCCAUUCAUUUAAUUUUAUUAACAAAAAUGAUAUUAAAGAAAAUGAUGAAAUUAUUUAUGACAAUGAUAAUAUUGAAAAAAAAAAUAUACUUUUAGUUAUUGAUAGUAAUUGCAUCAUUUAUGUUAUAAAUACAAUACUUGAUUAUUAUAAAGAUGAUUUAACAGAAAAUUUUAUUUUUACAAAUCCGAACAUAACGUCAAUAUGUCCAUGUGGAACGAGUUUUCAUUUUUAA